AUGGAUAUGUUAGUAAAUGAGGAGGAGGCCUAUACAAUUAAUACAACACCCAAAUUCGAGAUUAAACAAAAAAAUACUAUCCUUAAUUGUGUACACAAAAAAGAGGUAUAUCAAAAAGAAUGGACACAGGAAUAUUUAAAUGCUCCAGAAGAGUCAGAGAAAGAGAAUGACUCGAAUAAGGAAAUAGAGGAAGCAGCCACAAGAAAUAACAUUAUUAGUUGGGCGAGUAGUGUUGAUAUAGUAGAAGUAAACAAUAACUAUGAUUGGAACCCUGAUCUAGAAAUUAAUAAGGGAAAAGAAAAAAAACCUGAGUCAAUAAAUAAACCUAUGGGUAGACCAGAAGAAAAUGGCGAUUCAACAGAACUUACAGAUCCAAAUCCAAUGGAGGUCAAUAACAAAAAACUCCAAAUACCCGAGAAAAGUGAAGAAUCCACCAACUACGAAUAUAUCUACUUUAUUUAUACUCAUCCUACCUUUGGAAGUCAUUUUGCUAUAGGAGAGUUAAGGUUAAGGGAGGCCAUUUACUGGACCAAUUUUGGAAGAUGCUAA